GUCAAAAAGAUCUUCGUCUCUCUCAUCAAUCUCUCUCUAUCUUUCCUUCGUCUUCAGCUUCGUGUAACUUUGGGUUCGUUAUAAAUCAAAGUUUUGAUUUUUAAUUCAUUUUUUUUUUCCUUUUCAAAAAUUUGAAACAAUGGAGAUCUCCCUCCUUCCCUUCUUCUUCUAGGGUUUCUCUCCUCUCUCAGGUUUUCUCACCGUGGAUGUAUGUAGCGGCUAGUUAGUGUGUAAAUCUUUUCCGAUGGGGGAUCUUGAAUCUGUCUUACCGACUCCGAUGAUCGAAGAAAACGAAUUGGAACCGCCUGCGAAAAGGCAACGUUUUUCUCAGGAUAUGAACAGAGUCGCCGAGAUUGUUUUGGUUUUGUCGGCGUUAGGGAGUAUGCGAGUUGGGGAUUCUCCGACGGAUUUGGAACUCGAGCUUAUGGAUGAAGCUAGGUCGAAAUUAGCUGGAUUGUGUCAGGAGUUUACCCCUGACGAUAUCCUCUGUAAGGAUGAUGUUAAAGCUGUUAUUGAAGAUUUGGGUUUGAAUGCUAAGCUUCAAGACCAGAGAUUAGGGUUCCGAGCACCUAAGCUGACUAUCUCCGAGAAGCUAUCCCUUGGUAAAAGAAAGAUGGAAGAAGUAAAAAGGUAUCCUUCCUCUACUGUAUCUACUGGAGCUGCAUUGUCACAGGCAAACGGUAGUGUUGCGUCUCCAGGUCUUGCGAGUAAAGCUUCUGUGGCACAUCAGUGGCCUAAUAGUAAUGUUAAUACAAGUGGAAGCCACUUGAAAAUGGAGAGACCUCAGAUGACAAUUAACGGUGCUUCUCAAGGGACUCCAAUUUCUUCCACAAACUAUUAUGCGGCACCCUGGUCUGCCCAAUCUCAAUCCACCAUAUCUUUCAGCACUGGAGCUCCAGAUAAGAAGGUUCCUAUUCAAAAUUCUGUCAGGGUAUCAGAUCCGAGCUUUAGGCCAUUCAUGUCUCAAACUCCGCACGGUACAUUCCCAGGAACAAAUCUGCAGAAGAUGCAUUAUGGUCAGACUUCUUCGUCUGGAAACAACCAUAUUGAAAUCGCCAAGGUUAUCCAAAAAGUUCUACAACCACGGAUUAAACAGUAUUCUCUGUGGAAUCCACCUUCAAGAGAGUAUAUGAGCAGGGCAAUGCCAUGCCAGAUGCGUGAUGUUACCAUCAAAGAAAUGGACACUCUACUGAUUUGUGAUGCCUGUGAAAAAGCAUACCACUUGAAAUGUCUGCCAGGAAACAAUAUCAAAGGGGUACCAAAAUCUGAAUGGCAUUGCUCAAGAUGUGUGCAAGCAUUCAAUGGGAAGCCAUUUCCUCCUACAUAUGGUCGUACAAUUCGUGCCGUAACUACUACUGCAGCAAAAGUGCCCUCUAGUACAGCCGGAGUUCAAUCAUCCUCAGCAAAGAAAAUUGGAUCGAUGGAUAUAAAGGUUAAUCAACAGAAACCAAUUGUAACUACGACUCCCAGAGUACAAAAUUCCCCUGGCUUUGUUUCUGGAGCAGCAACUACAUCGCAUUUUGGGACUGCUACUGUAAAUGCAAAUACAACUGCAAGCGCAGCAAAGAUUACUAACAUUGGAUCACAAAGGUGUAGGGAAAGUGUUAUCUCUGGAGCCGAUUCUCCAGCACUGGUAUCACGUACUGAGACUCCAAAGCUUACAGCAAGUGCAUGUUCAAGUUCUGUGAUAAACAAUGGUCCCAUAUCAAAACCUUUGACAUCAGUUGGCACUAUGAGCAGCACUUCUUCAUUGCGUGUCUGUAAACAAGUUCCUGUGAAUGCAACCUCAAGUGCUAGCCCGAGUGCACCAAUAACUUCUAGCUUUGUCGCCCGAGCCCCGACCGUUACCAAAAAUGGUGACAGCAGCUCAGCCGCAUCUGAGACUGCUGACCAUUCUGUAUCGAAAGCUGACCUUACCACCCAAGUUCAUACAUUGACUGUUACUUCCAGCAGCAAUUCUCAACCGGCAUUGUCACAUUGUGAGGAUGCAAAAGCAACUGACGAUGCAGCUCUUAUGAGAAAUGUUGUAUAUGAACCACAAGCUCCUCUGGAAAAUGUUGCUGAGUGUGAGAAACCAUCAGAGUCUACAUCUCAUAUAGACACUCUGAAUGCUAGGGAGAAAUUUGCUUCUGAAACUUGCGAGAACCACACAACAGAAUCUUUAGAGGCAAUUUUGUCAGAUCAGGAUUCAAAGAUCACCGCUGAACCAUCCAUGCCACAAGCGCAUGCAGCUUACCUGUCGGAGACAACAGCAUCUCAGCCGCCUUCGGUGUCAUCUAACUAUCAUUCACAAAUCGAGAAAAGAACAACAAAUGUCCAAGAUUCUCUACAGAAUGUUUCAGGAGAUUCACUGGAUGGCAAAGGGUUAAAUGAUUUAGAUAAUAGACAUCAGGAACAGCCUUCAGAGCCCGAGUUUGUUAAGUUAGAUUCGGCAAAGGAGGCAAAUGCUACCUAGAAUUCUUUAGCUUUAUCUGGGAUUACUUUACCAGCAACUAUCGUCUUCUCUCUUCUUUGUUUCUCUGAUCUACAUAUCUUAUUUUUAAGUGAAACCGGGAACAUUCAGAACUCGGAAGCUGUGGACGAACUUGGUUGGGAAAGCAAUUGUAAGAAAGUGAUGACGAUGAUGGUUUUAAUAUAACAUUGGUUUGUAGCAUCUUUGUUCUAUACGGUGCCAAACCAUUGUAUGAUCAACUUCAAGAUUUUGGCAGCCUUAAAAAGAUACGAACUGUAUAGUAUCAUGAAUUCAUGAUUCAGGUUAAGCUUUGACUUGUGAAAAUAAAAUGAUUUUUCUUA